GAACAGGUAUAACAGAGUGACCUCCAACCAGGUGGAGGGGAUGCGCACGUGCGAUCAGCUGAAGGAGAGCAGGGACACGUGCGAACAGGCGGUCGAUGAUGUGCUGAAAGGAGAAAAGAACGAGACGAACCUCCGGUCCCUGUCACCGUGGGAAUAUUGCAUCGACCGAGACGUGGGCAGGUUUCCAACCGAUAUCAGCAUCGCCAGGUGUCUUUGUCAGGGCUGCGUCACCGACCAGAGCAACAACAUGGACUACAACUCGGUGCCGGUGUGUGGUCAGAUGAUGGUCCUGUGGAGGAAGAAGUGCCCACAGAAUCCAGACAAAUAUGUGGUCAGAAAGUACUUCAUCAGCGUCCCUGUUGGUUGCACUUGUGUAAGGCCCGGCUACACCAGCAGUCACAAGUAGAAACUGCUCUGUUCUCGUUUGCACCCAUGUGAUUUAUUGCUCUUUGCAUCACCACAUAUCACUAGCUUAUGAUUGUUUGUGAAGCAUAUUUUAUCCAAAUAGGGCUUUCAGGAGGCUGCAGAUCUAAGAAAGGUUUUAAUGGAUGCUGGAGUAGAUCAUAGAGCCCCAACAACCAUGAGGAAGUUGCUGUAAAAAUCUAUGCAGAUCCAGCAGGUAACAUUACCUGCCAACAGCGUACCUGCUAACGUACAGCUGCAUGUUGGCAGGGCCGUUGGUGUGUCACAGUUACCUGCAUUAUCUACCUUAAAGACUAAAGUCUCCCCAUCUUAAACAGUCUGAAGCUUUACAUCUCCUGACCUACGCUGCUGGUAUUAUUACCGCCAGCAGGGGGCUCUGUCACCGUGAAACGUCACGCAGGUCAGCUUAUAAAUAUCAGUCCUUCCAGGACCUCCUGAUGUUGUGAUUGCUCAACAUCCUCGCAAAUUCGUCACCUCUUUCGUGCAUCUUUGACAGAUGUCAGCACGUCUCCACGUUAACAUACACUACCUCGUCAAAGUUUCUUCCAUCUUUCUGGUUAGUAGCCUGCAGAUGUGUGUUGCAUCUGCCGUCGGUGUUCAGGGAUGAUUUCGCUUCGCUGGUUGAGCGGCCACCUCGUACAGAGACCACAGUCCCCUAAAGGCCCAUUGCUGGAUGCAGAAGUUGGGUGGCUGGCUUUCCUUGUGCUGCUGUUUGAACAGUAGUUGCAGCUUCUAGAUCAUUCUGCUGAACAGUGACGUUCUCUCCCGGUUAUUUCAAUAAAGAAUGUGGACAUACAACAUGUCUGCAUACAACAGGGCUGCAUGGUGGUGUUUGCUGCAACAGCUCUGUUCUUCUUCCAAUGUAGCGUGGGUUCUCUCCGGGUUCUCCGGCUUCCUCCCACCAUCCAAAGACACGAUGUUAGGUUAACUGGUCGCUCUAAA